CCACAUGCUUCGCGGCGGAUUUUCAGUUCGGUUAUUCGCAGCUCUUCUCUCAACGGCUGCCAGCUGCGGGAGGGCCGGGACCUAGCUGGAUUUGACUCCAGAGCCUUCAGCAGGGAGGACAAAUGUCAGAUGAAGAUGAUCUGGAAGACUUUGAGCCAGACCUGGAUGGUCUGGAAAGGGAAGACGACGAGAAGGAGACAGAGGAGUGGGAGGACCACAGGAAAGAGGGAGAAGACUCUGAGGAAUGGAUGUCCACGCCCCUCACAGAGGACAUGAUGAAGGAAGGGCUUUCUGUGCUCUGCAAGACGGGUAAUGGACUGGCCCAUGCUUAUGUCAAGCUGGAGGUUAAAGACAGGGAUCUGACAGACAUCUACUUGCUGCGUUCCUACAUCCAUCUGCGCUACGUGGAUGUUUCCGAAAACCACCUGACAGACUUGUCCCCACUCAAUUACCUCACCCACCUGCUCUGGCUCAAGGCUGAUGGCAACCGGCUGCGGAGUGCCCGGUUGAACGAACUGCCCUACCUGCAGAUCGCCAGCUUUGCCUAUAACCAGAUCACCGACACUGAGGGCAUCUCUCAUCCUCGUCUGGCCAGCCUGGAUCUCAAAGGGAACCACAUCCACAUGGUGACAGGUCUGGACCCCCAAAAGCUGAUCAGCCUGCACACACUGGAGCUUCGGGGGAACCAGCUGAACAGCACCCUGGGAAUCAACCUUCCUAAGCUGAAGAACCUCUUCCUGGCCCAGAACCUGUUGAAGAAGGUGGAAGGCUUGGAAAACCUAAGCAAUCUCACUACCUUGCAUCUUCGAGACAACCAGAUUGAAACUCUGAGUGGCUUCUCCAGGGAAAUGAAAUCACUGCAGUACCUCAACCUGAGGGGCAACGUGGUGGCUGACCUGGGGGAGCUCGCCAAGCUGCGGGACCUGCCCAAGCUGCGAGCCUUGGUGCUGCUGGACAACCCAUGUACGGACAAGAACGACUACCGCCAGGAGGCCCUGGUGCAGAUGGCGCAUCUCGAGCGCCUGGACAAGGACUUCUACGAGGAGGAGGAGCGGGCUGAGGCUGAUGAGACCCGGCAGAGGGUGAAGGAGGAGCCGGAGGCUGAGCCCGAGCCCCAGUUGGAACUGGGCCAGUCAUCGAUCUAGCAGUUCCCCUAGCCUCCAAGGACAGUAAGGAAGGGGGGCAGGGAGGCCAGAAGAGGAGGCCAAGGGCCUGGCAGAUGGGAAGGGAAGUUGCUGUAGGAGGAGGUGGGUGAGGAAGGCGGAGGCAAGGAGAACCCUUGGGGAGACCUGGGUUAGGAGUCACGGGUGAGGAGAAAGAACCAGAAGAGCCUGGGAGGAGCUGAGAGAGGCUUAGGAGAUACAUCCUGAGGCCUGAGGAGUAAGCAAGAUGAACGGGGUGGCAGGCGGAGGUGUGGCUGUGGGCUGGGCAGCCACCCCUGAUGGGAAAUGCUGGGGCGGGGGCACGGCGGGGGCGGGGCGGGGGGCCGUGGUGUAUGAGGGUGGCAGCUGGGCCUAGAGAAGAAGGCAGGAGAGGAAGAUCCUGCACUAAAGAGCCAAAGCUGAAAAUGACAGGACACUGGCAGAAGGAAGAAAGGAGGGCAGAAGGAGGCGGAAAGAGACCGAGGCUAUGAGACCAGGGAAGCGUGGCAGCUGGCACUUCAGAUGGGGCAGAGGCAGCAGUGGGGGUGCAGUGGGGCCCAGAGGAUUGGCUUCUGUCCUCUUCCUCCAGGAGACCAAAGACGCUGGCCCCAAGACUGAGGAGACUCCCAGCUGGGGGGGCCACACCCCCUCUUCCGGAGGCAGAGGACGCCUUCUCUUGCCCCAGGCCUAGGAAUUCAUCACAGCCUGCCUCCCAGACUCUGUGACGGGCCCCUGGGCGGCGGUGACUCGGCGGGAGCAGCCCUCAGGCAGGCCUGGUGGGAACCAGGCCCGGAUGGGCCAGGGGAGGCUUGAAGAAUUGGCUGCGGAGGAGCUGCGGAGGCGGCGGCCUGGAGUGUUAGGAACAGUUGUUCGAUUUUCCAAUAAAGAGACAUUUUGAUACUCUCGUGUCUGACCGGGUUUGUGAGACUCUGAGGCUGUCACGGGCUUCACUGGCGUGAGGCUGAGAUCGUUACUUUCCACGGGGUCGGGGUGUCGGUAUGAGCGCGCGUGGGCGGCGGGUGGCUAGGUCCUGGGUGGCCCCCGGCCCCUCCCACA